AUGGAUGAGGAUUUAAAUAUAACAUAUAUAACUCUUGGUGGGCAUGUAGAAGUUCACAAAUACAGAUACCUUUAUUUUAUGGUUGUUUUUAUAGUAUAUAUUCUAAUAAUCUGCAGUAAUUCUACUAUUGUGUACCUGAUUUGGAUUCACCAAAACCUCCAUGAGCCUAUGUACAUUUUCAUUGCAGCUUUGUUAAUCAACUCUGUUUUUCUCAGCACUAAUAUCUACCCAAAGCUUUUGAUUGAUUUUUUAUCUGAAAAACAGAUCAUAUCUUAUGAAGCCUGUCUUCUUCAGUAUUUUCUGUUUUAUACUUUAAUCGGUUCAGAGUUUUUACUGUUAGCAGCCAUGUCCUAUGACAGGUAUGUGUCUAUAUGUAAACCUCUGCAAUAUCCAACUAUCAUGAGAAAAACGACCACAAAAGUCUUUCUGGCUUUAGCUUGGCUUUUCCCUCCUUGUCAGCUUGUGGGAUUAGCAGCAAUGAGCGCCGAUCAAAAGCUCUGUGGCUUUACUUUGAAAGUCAUUUAUUGUAAUAACUCAAUUUACAAACUUUUUUGUGUGAGUUCAAAAGCGAUAUCUAUAUAUGGCGUGGUCAUUUUUCUAAAUCUUGUCGGUGUUCCUGUGCUCUUCAUAGUUUUUACAUACACCAGAAUACUUAUCGUAUGUUAUCAGAGUUGUGGAGAAGUCCGAAAAAAAGCAGCACAGACCUGUUUACCUCACCUGCUGGUUUUGAUCAACUAUUUUUUUUUGAUUGCGUAUGAUGUUAUAACAGUUAGACUGGAAUCUGAUUUUCCCAAAACUGUACGUCUGAUAAUGACUUUACAAUUAGUUUUGUAUAAUCCUCUUUUUAAUCCGAUCAUAUAUGGACUUAAAAUGAGAGAAAUCUCUAAACACCUGAAGAGGUUGUUCUGUCAAGAUAAAAAGAAUGUAUGUUAUCAAGACUGA